GGGGGGACGAAAUAGAAGUGCGCACUCACUUCCUGAUGGAGUUGUUGCGAAGAAUAAAAAUACACAUUUACCCAUCCUGCUAGACCAGUUAUGUUCGACUGUCGACGUGAGAGCGAAACGCCAAUUUUGUUUAAAGGACCUUGUUGAUGGAGUUUUUGUUCAUGAAUAAAAGACAUCGCCACGUCCAGAGAGCCGGUGCUGGUGAGCUAAAAAAGCCCCGUUGGUGGCUGACGUGAGCUAGUAAUGUCUCUGUCCACCGAUAUGCUCGAGACACCCCCUGGAUAUCCAUUUGAGGAGAUUAAUUAUGAAGACAUUGACGUGGAGGAGGUAGUGGGACGAGGGGCUUUUGGGGUGGUUUGCAAAGCCAAGUGGAAAGGCAAAGAUGUUGCAAUCAAGACUAUUGAAAGUGAAUCGGAAAGAAAAGCAUUUAUUGUUGAGCUCCGGCAGCUUUCACGUGUAAAUCACCCUAAUAUUGUGAAGUUGUAUGGCUCGUGCAAUAAUCCAGUCUGCCUUGUGAUGGAAUAUGCAGAAGGUGGAUCACUCUAUAAUGUGUUGCAUGGUGCUGAACCCCUCCCCGGUUACACUGCUUCCCAUGCAAUGAGCUGGUGUUUACAGUGCUCCCAGGGUGUGGCCUACCUCCAUGGCAUGAAACCAAAGGCUCUCAUCCACAGGGACCUCAAGCCACCCAAUUUGCUGCUUGUGGCUGGCGGCACUGUGCUUAAGAUCUGUGACUUUGGAACGGCAUGUGACAUUCAGACUCAUAUGACGAACAACAAAGGAAGUGCAGCAUGGAUGGCUCCAGAGGUAUUUGAAGGCAACAAUUACAGUGAGAAGUGUGAUGUAUUCAGCUGGGGAAUUAUUCUCUGGGAAGUGAUCACACGCAGGAAGCCCUUUGAUGAAAUUGGAGGACCGGCUUUCCGUAUUAUGUGGGCAGUGCACAAUGGCACAAGACCACCGUUAAUCACGAAUUUGCCCAAGCCAAUUGAGAGUUUGAUGACUCGCUGUUGGUCAAAAGACCCCUCUCAGAGGCCUUCCAUGGAAGAGAUUGUGAAGAUCAUGACUCAUCUUAUGAGGUACUUUCCUGGAUCUGAAGAACCCCUACAAUGUCCGUACCAGUAUUCAGAUGAUGGACAGAGCAGCUCUGCAACUAGUACAGCUUCAUUUGUGGACAGCACCAGCAACAAAAGUGAUGCAAACAUUGAGCACAGUGAUUCUCAAGGGAGCAGCGACACCAUUAAGAUCACACCACAGUUUCCGUCUCACUUCAAGCCAAAGUGUGAGCCAAUGAGGACUCUGCCUCUUUCGAGAGGAGGCAGUUUUGAAAGUCUGUCUGUGCGAACACAAGGCUUGACACCAUCCGACAGUAAACGAAUGAGUGCUGACCUUUCAGAACUGGAGCCCAACGUGGGAUUUACACCAGCUGCACGUCCCCAGUAUAAACGAGGCCAUCGUAAAACAGCGUCAUAUGGCACCAUCCUGGACAUUCCCAAGAUCGUCGUCACAGCCAUGUGUGAGCCUCAGAGACGUCGCUCUGUACAGGAUUUGCCAGGCAUUGGCACAGAGUCAUCCCAGGGAUGCAGAAACAGCAGAGGUUAUAUCUCACCUGAUGAGCCCAAAGACACCAACGGCUCAGACAAUUCCAUUCCCAUGGCUUACCUCACGCUUGAUCAUCAGCUUCAGCCCUUAGCUCCUUUCCCCAACUCAAAAGAAUCCAUGGCUGUUUUUGAGCAACACUGCAAAAUGGCUCAAGAAUAUCUGAAAGUGCAGACAGAGAUUGCUCUGCUGAUCCAGAGAAAAAAAGAACUAAUUGCUGAACUGGACCAAGAUGAGAAGGACCAGCAGAACACAUCCCGUCUCGUGCAAGAGCACAAAAAACUACUGGAAGAAAACAAAAGUCUAUCCACAUACUACCAAAAGUGCAAAAAACAACUGGAGCUGAUCCGGGUCCAGCAGCAGAAGAGACAGGGGACAUCGUGAUGACAUUUCCCAUCAUAGACGUGAUAUGAACUCCUGCCAUUCAACACAAACAAGUAUAUCAACAAACUCAUAACAGUUCCCAGUCCAGUGCUGAUGUGCCUUGCAUGUCGCACACUGUAGUCGCUUUGCCUCUGUCCAACAGGAAGGUGUCUUCUGUACAUAUAUUGCACAUCUUCACAGUGUAUUCUGUGAUUGUCGACCAAACAAUCACUGGCCUGCUGGGUUUCAGAAUGGAGCUUUGCUUGUAUUGCGGCCUUGUAAAAUGGCAGACUGCUGAAGGCUGGAUUGUGUAUUUCUACAUGUUGCUCUCAGGGCCUCUUGGAUGACCAGUUGAUGUUUUUUUCAUUCCUCAGCAUCCUCUGGGGGACUCAGCAACAAUUUAGCAGCCAAUGGACACGCUGUCCUCAAAAUAUGUGAAAAAAGCAAGAAGUUCAGCAACAAGUUCUAUUGCAGAAUUUUGAGAAUAUGGGGGAUAUCUGUUGUGCAAAAGAUGCACCCUGUAUCACAUAGUAUUUUAUCUUCCACCUCCUGUACGAACACAUUUUCCUCUCAUGUAUCUUUGUUCUAGAAAUGACUUUAUUACGAUAUAUAUAUAUAUAUAUAUAUAUAUAUAUAUGUGUAUAUAUAUAUAUAUGUAUAUAUGUAUAUAUAUAUAUAUAUAUGUAUAUAUGUAUAUGUAUAUAUAUAUAUGUGUAUAUGUAUAUAUAUAUAUAUAUAUAUAUAUAUACAUACAUACAUACAGUACAGGCCAAAAGUUUGGACACACGUUCUCAUUUCGUUGUGUUUUCUUUAUUUUCAUGACUAUUUACAUUGUAGAUUGUCACUGAAGUUAGCAAAACUAUGACACCUGUGAAGUGAAAACCCUUUCAAGUGACUACCUCUUGAAGCUCAUCGAGAGAAUUCCAAGAGUGUACAAAACAGUAAUCAGAGCAAAGAGUGGCUAUUUUGAAGAAACUACAAUAUAAAACAUGUUUUCAGUUAUUUCACCUUUUUUUGUUAAGUACAUAACCCCACUUGUGUUAAUUCAGUUUUGAUGCCUUUAGUGACUAUCUACAAUGUAAAUAGUCAGGAAAAUAAAGAAAACCUAUUUAAUGAGAACUUUUGGCCUGUACUGUGUGUGUAUAUAUGUAUAUGUAUAUGCGGCAAAAACACAAAAAUAAGCUUUCAUGGCAAAUUAGACAAGCUGAGGAUUCCACAAAAAUAAUUUGAGUGUAUGCCAGUGUUGUUUUUUUAUUGUACAUUUUUUAGUCCUUUUUUAUUCAGUAGUUGACCUUUUUCUUUUGGACAUAUUUUAUGGGGGUGUGGAAAUAAUAUAGAGCCUGUACCUUGUAUACAGUACAUUGUUUUUAGUUCACAUGUUGCCUUAGAAGUCGCCCGCUUGACUUGCAUUGUAGACAUUUAAUGGAAAUGUAUGACAAAAGCGUAGUGUUAAUGCGAUUUACAUUGAAUGAAACAGGUUUAUCGUUUCAUGGAAGUAAGAAUCAUUUAUACCCAAAGCAGUUGUACCGUAUUUUCCAGGUUGUAGAACGCACGGCUAUUGAAGCCGCCCCCCCCCCUAAUUGUAGAAGAAAAAAAUUGUUUUACAUACAGUUGCAAGAAAAAGUAUGUGAACCCUUUGGGAUUACUUGGAUUUCUGCAUAAAUUGGUCAUAACCUGUGUUUAGCUCUUCAUCAAAGCCACAACAAUAGAAAAACACAGCCUGGUUGAUUGAAACUUUUAUUAGUAGAUUGCACAGUACAGUACAUAUUCCGUACAAUUGACCACUAAAUGGUAACACCCGAAUAAGUUUUUCAACUUGUUUAAGUCGGGGUCUACAUUAAUUAUUCAUGGUAGUCUUCUUAAACUAAUACCACACAAAAAAUUAUAGGUGUUCAUCUUUUUAUUGAACACAACAUAUAAACAGUCACAGUGCUGGGUGGAAAAAGUAUGUGAACCCUUAGACUAAAGACUUCUCCAAGAGCUGAUUAGAGUCAGAACUCAGCAACAUUGAGUCUAAUCAAUGUGAUGAGAUCAUAUGUGUUGGUUAAAGCUGCCAUGCCCUAUAAAAAACACACAUUUGUGAUAAGUGUGCUGUUCUCAAGAAGCAUUGCCUGAUGUGAACCAUGCCUCUCACAGAAGAUAUUUGAUUCAGAAUUUUUCACUUGCAUGAAACUGGAAAGGGUUACAAAAGUAUCUCUAAAAACCUUGAUGUCCAUGGUAAGACAGACUGUCUACAAAUGGAGAAAGUUCAGCACUGUUGCUAGUCUCCCUUGGCGUGGUCGACCUGUGAAGAUAACUGUUAGAGCACAGCACAGGAGGCUCAGUGAGGUGAAGAAGAAUCUUAGUGUGUCAGCUACAGACUUACAGAAAUCUCCGGCACAUGCUGACAUAAUUGUUGACGAAGCUACAAUACAUAAAACAUUGAACAAGAAUGGAGGUCAUGGAAGGACACCACAGUGGAAGCCACUGCUGUCCAAAAAAACAUUGCUGCAUGUUUGAAGUUUGCAAAAGAGCACCUGGAUGUUCCACAGCACUACUGAUAAAACAUUCUGUGGACAGAUGAAACCAAAAAGGAGUUGUUUGGAAGGAACACACAAUGCUAUGUGUGGGAAAAAAACAGGCACAGUACACCAACAUCAAAACCUCAGCCCAACUGUGAAAUAUGGUGGAGGUGGCAUCAUGGUUGCUGGCUCAGGACCUGGACGGAUUGCUUUCAUCAAUGAAAAAACAAAUUCCCAAGUUUAAGACCAUCCGUCCGCCAACUGAAGCUCAACAGAGGAUGGGUAAUGCAACAGGACAACGACCCAAGUAUAGAAGUAAACCAACAACAGAAUGGUUUCAACAGAAGAAAAUACGCCUUCUGGAGUGGCCCAACCACAGUCCUGACCUCAGCGCAAUUGAGAUCCUGUGCCAUGACCUCAAGAGAGCCAUUCACACCAGACAUCUUAAGAAUAUUGCUGCACUGACACAGUUUUGUGAAGAGGAAUGGUCCAAAAUUCCUCCUGGCUGUUGCCAGGUCUGAUCUGCAACUGCAGGAAAGGUUUAGUUGAGGUUAUUGCUGCUAAAGGUGAGUGAACCAGUUAUUAAAUCCAAGGGUUUACAUACUUUUUCCACCCUGCACUGUGCAUGUUUACAUUUUGUGUUUAAUAAAAAGAUGAAAACCUACAUUUUUGUCUAGUAUUAGUUUAAGCAGACUGUCUAUCACCAAUUUAUACAGAAAUCCAGGUAACCAAGGGAACUCUCCUGAAGGAAUCUAUAAAGUACUAUCUAUCUAAUCCCAAAGGCUUCACAUACUUUUUCUUGCAACUGUGUAUUAACGACUUGUCUAGGUGUAGAAGAACUUGUCCAAAAGACAACACCAUUGCUCGAACAUGUCUGUCUAAUCAAACACAAAACAUGGUGAUUGGCAAAGAAAAAUCCAUAAAUUAGCCGCACCGUUUUAUAAGCCAAAAGGUACAAAUCAUAGGAAUAAUGUAGCUGCUUAUAGUACGGGAAAUACGGUAAUUGGUUUAAUUCCGGAAUGUAGUAUUCCAGAAAAAUAUUUACCCAACAAAUGUUCUGCUUGGUGAAGUAAACAUUUUAUCUUCCACUUUAGCAUUUCUAGUUUUACUAGAAGAUUUUUUCUUUUAAAUUGCUUUGUUAACGCACGGCUAUGAAUGGUCACAAAUUGUCUCAUAGAUUUUCUGGUGACGUGUUCAAUUGGCAUACACGUGGUAACAAACUUAAUGUGUGGCUUCAUUUGACCUUGAGCAAGACAUCACAAAUAAACUAAAUCGUCAAAAUUC